UUUCCAUGGGAAUGGCAAUCUCCAAUCGGUCCAGCGUUUUUGGUGAAUGACAGGGUUGCCAAGUAAUGGCGAUUAAAGAACAAGCAUCAAUGUUUUGAUCGUUACAUUGUUUGGGGUUUUGUUUAUAACGAUUUUAAAUGGAACUUAAGUUGGAUAUGUUAACCGUGUGCCGGACUUGCUUACAGGACGGUGAGACCCAAAUGAUAUCCAUUUACGAGGAAGAUGAAGAGAAAAAGAAAGAUGGACUCUCCCUCUCCGAGAAAAUAGAGGACUUUACGGGACUACAAGUAAGACAAUACGAAGAUCUUCCCACUAGAAUAUGUCUGAAAUGCAAAGCCUUUCUAACUCUAGCUCACAAAUUCCGCCAAAUUUGUCACAGAUCUAAUAAGUUUCUAAGGGAAUACGUCGUCAAGGAUUCAAGCCCUCUGGGAGUUGAGGCGGAGAUACCUCAAGACACCGAACAGUAUGAACAGCUAGAGGUCGAAGUACUGGAAGAAGAAGUUUGGGCCACUGAAGAAACGGUUGAGGAACCAGCUCCGCCUCUUUCUUCCACUCCAGACGGUUCUGCCGUUCCUCCAACGCAAUCUCCAGAACCAAAGGAAAUCCCUGUAGUUUUAGCCGUAGAAACGGUACCGGCUCCGACAACCGGAAAGCUGUACGUGUGUGAUAUAUGCAAAAAUGGUUAUCCCAGGAAGAGCACCUUGGCCACGCACAUGCGGAGGCACAACAAUGAUCGACCCUACGAAUGCGAGAUCUGCCAUAAACGGUUUCAUGUAAACUACCAAUUGAUGCGCCACAUUCGCCAGCACACUGGAGCAAAGCCGUAUACCUGUGAAUACUGCAAUCGCAGCUUUGCAGAUCGCACAUCUUUGGUCAAGCACGAAAGGACCCACCGCAAUGAGCGUCCUUAUGCUUGUGAUACCUGCGGUAAAACAUUUACUUAUGCCAACGUCCUGAAAGUGCAUUACAAAACACACACCACGGACAAACCAUUCACUUGCAGGCUGUGUGAUAAGAGUUUCGCCCGCAAUCACAACUUAGUGGCCCACCUACAGACGCAACAGCAUUUGAACGACCCCCGAACUCCUGCGUAUCUGAACACUCUUAAAGUGGGAAAUAUCAGUUAA